AAAAGCUAAGCGAAUUCCGACUGCGGCGAAUAUUGGCUUGCGAGCGAAUUGCUGGGGCCAAAUAAAUAAAUAACAAAAAAAAAAUUUUGGAAAACAACUAAUCGUAAACGCUUGUGGACAAGAAACAAGGGACAGAGAGUGGGUGCGGCAAGUCCCAUUCCUGCCCCAGUUAAACAAAUCUUUUAAUAAAUGGGUGCCGAACAUUCACAGCAGCGUGCCGAGGCCGAUGGCCAUGACAUCUUUGAUAGACCAACUGGUCAUGUACCUGGCAAUGGUGAGGGUGGUGGCAGCAGCUCCACAAAUCCAAUUUCAUCCUCAUCAAUAGCACUAGCUGCUGCAGCGGCGGCAGCAGCUAAUCAAAAACGUGGACGCGUCCAACCGAGGCAGCCUGGUGGACAUGGUCAGGGUCAGAGCGCCCAGCAGACGGCCAGUAGCAUUGUGAUAGCCAGUAAACAGCUUAUAUCGGAUACCGCCUCACCAACCAGCUCCGAGAUCAUGAUGAGUCGACCGCCCUCGCCGCCUUUAAGUGUUUGUUCGGAUUUGCCGUAUGUUUCCUAUACGGAUCGUCCUAUUGGCGGUGAUUCACCAAAGAUACGUCAAAAGCCAUCGGCUGCCCAAAUGUUCCAACAAAAGGGAGGCAAUAGCAACGCCAAUAGAGCUGCAGCUCGAAAGUCUCAUCCCGGCGGCUUUACCACAUCAAUUAAACCAAAACGUCCCCAAUCGACAGCCUCCAGUCAUAAUAUAGUAAUUGUUAAGCCCGGUGCUCGUGAUACUCUAGAUGACAUUGAUCCAGACUUGGCCCGUCUUCGGCACAUUCCGCAGUUUUUGCCCGUACUUCGGGAGUCUAUUACAUCGGCGACAUAUACACGAGAUUCUGAGAUUUUAGAACGUUUGCAUUCACAGCAUUUAACCAAUAUUUGCACACGCAUGCAAACCCAUCUCAAUCUCUGCGCCACUCAUGUGGCCAGUGAGCAAAAUCAUCUGGUGGAGCGAACCAAAGUGGUUAGUAAUUCGAUUACCACGCUCUUUGCCAGUUUUGUGGACAUGCAGAAGACCUAUGCCUCCUAUGCGGAGCAAUUUGCUAAAAUUCGUGGCAUUUCACAGCAAUUAAGUCGCUGCAAUUCGCUGCUCCAUGAAAAUAUAGCCAGCUUGGAGGCCAUUAAUAAUUAUCUCGAUGAUGAGGAUCGUUUGGAGCCUUUCGUUUGGCGUACGGAUGAUAAUAAGCUACGAGGCGAGGCCGAGGGUGCGGCAGCAGCAGCAGCAGGGGCAUCAUCCUCCUCAUCCGUUGCUGGUGGUAACACACGUUUAUGGCGACUCUAAAUCGUACCAAAGAUUAGAUUUAGCUUUUAUUUUAUUGAUAUUGUCUAUUGUGUAAUAAAUAUAUUCCUAGUUUCUAUAUGCAUACAUACAUAUAUAUAAGAACAGUUUGCGUGUUAAAACUCCUUAAUUGUUCCGAUCUCUUCUCUACGGUUCAGCUAUAUAAAAAAAACAUAAACAUAUUAACUACACAUACUUCCAAUUGAUCUGUAAAUAAAAAACCAGUUGAAAUUAUUCCAAAACUAUUAAA